AAGAAAUAAUGGUUUCCCAAAGUCAAAAACAAAAAGUAGGUGAAAUAGAUUUCUUUAAGCAUUUACCAACUAACAUAUCCAGGAGGGUUUCUGAUUGUACCAUUAGGCAUGAAGUUUCACCAAUGUUUAGCGCUUAUAUAUAUGGUUUAGCAUUUUCCUCUUCUUUCUCGGAAAAUUCAAAGCUUUGCUGAAGUAAAUUCCAGAGCUAAGACAAAGAAAACCAUGUCAUCACCAGGGGUGCAGCUGUAUAUUCAAGAUCACUACGUGGUGAUGGAUAAUGGAAUAAUACAAGUGACGAUAUCGAGUCCUGAUGGAAUUGUCACCGGGAUACAGUAUAAUGGCAUCGACAACUUGCUUGAAGUUGAGGAUGAGGAAGUUCAUAGAGGGUAUUGGGAUCUAGUUUGGAGUAAAACAGGAAGUACAGGGACAACAGGAACAUUCGAUGUGUUUAAAGGAACAAGUUUUAAGGUUGUAGUAGAAACCGAGGAUCAAGUUGAGGUCUCAUUCACUAGAACGUGGGAUAUCUCUCUCGAGGGCGGUGUUGUGCCUUUGAAUUUAGACAAACGGUUCAUAAUGCUUCGAAAUUCGCCGGGAUUCUACUCGUACGCAGUUUUCGAACACUUAGAGGAAUGGCCUCCGUUCAAUCUUCCGCAAGUCAGAAUUGUAUUCAAGCUCAGAAAAGACAAAUUUCAUUACAUGGCCGUAGCAGACAACAGGCAAAGAUUCAUGCCCCUGCCGGAAGACCGGUUACUAGACAGAGGUCAACCUCUGGCAACCCCGGAAGCUGUCCUGCUUGUCAAUCCGGUGGAGCCGGAGUUCAAGGGAGAGGUUGACGACAAAUACCAAUAUUCAUCUGAGAACAAAGAUCUAAAAGUUCAUGGGUGGAUAUCAUUGAACCCCCCUGUGGGAUUUUGGCAAAUUACUCCCAGCAGUGAAUUCAGGUCUGGUGGACCUAUCAAACAGAACCUGACAUCCCAUGUUGGUCCCUAUUGUCUUGCAAUGUUUCUCAGUGCUCACUAUGCUGGAGAAGAUUUAGUGCUGAAGCUCAAUCCAGGAGAGCCAUGGAAAAAGGUUUUUGGACCAGUUUUCUUGUAUCUGAACUCUGUCUCAAGUGAAGACAAUGCCUUUUCCCUUUGGGAAGAUGCUAAAAACCAGAUGCGAAGGGAAACCCAGAACUGGCCCUACAGUUUUCCAGCAUCAGAGGAUUUUCCAAAGCCAGAUCAACGGGGUAAAGUAUGCGGCAGAUUAGAAGUUCAAGACAGGUAUAUUAGCUAUGAACCCAUCCCAGCAAAUGGUGCUUAUAUAGGCUUGGCACCACUGGGCGAUGUCGGCUCGUGGCAAAGAGAAUGCAAGGGUUAUCAGUUCUGGACCAAAGCAGAUGAAGAUGGCAACUUCACAAUUGAUAAUAUAAGGACUGGGGAAUACAAUAUUUAUGCAUGGGUCCCUGGUUUUAUUGGAGAUUAUAAAUAUGAUGUUGUGGUUAACAUUACAGAAGGCUGUGACAUUAACAUGGGUGAUCUGAUAUAUGAGCCUCUGAGAAACGGUCCUACGUUAUGGGAAAUAGGCAUCCCGGACCGUACGGCAGCCGAGUUUUACAUUCCGGAUCCUGAUCUCAAGUACAUUAAUAAACUUUAUGUCAACCAUCCUGACAGGUAUAGACAGUAUGGGUUGUGGGAAAGAUAUGCUGAUCUUUAUCCAGAUGGAGACUUGGUUUUCACAGUUGGAAUCAGUGACUACAAAAAUGAUUGGUUCUUUGCCCAAGUUAACAGGAAGAAAGAAGAUGGUACAUAUGAAGGAACUACAUGGCAGAUCAAGUUCAUGCUCAGAGAUGUUGAUCAUACCGGAACUUAUACAUUGCGGCUGGCCCUAGCAACUGCUCAUCUUGCUGAAUUGCAGGUUCGGGUCAACGAUCCGAAAUCAGACCCUCCUCUGUUUACAACUGGAGAAAUCGGGCAUGACAACACAAUUGCAAGGCAUGGAAUUCAUGGUCUCUACCGACUUUACAACAUAGAUGUGGCUGGAGUUGAGCUUGUUGAAGGGGAAAAUAUCAUUUUUCUCACACAAGCAAUGAACACUGACCCUCUUCAGGGGAUCAUGUAUGACUAUAUAAGGCUUGAAUGUCCCCCUUCAACUUCCAGCUAAGAGUAUGAAUUAUAGCUUUAGAUCCUUGAGUUCUCGAAAUGUAUUCACAAAAAAAAAAAAAAAAGGUUUGGGUGUGCUUCUAUUAAGAUGAUUGUUUCAUUUAUGCAUCCUAGAAAAAUUCAUACCAUAUAAAUUUACUUUCAAAGGUCAUAUAAUCAAAUAUUCAACUAAACUUCGAAUCCCAGUACAUAUAAACCCUUUUUGCCCAUUUCAAUCCUUUUUGUUUGAAAAAAAAAACACAGCCAAUUCUUUUAUAUCUACUUAUUAUUCAUAAACGAAGAGGUUUUAUUUACAACUGUACGAAAAGAAAGCAACAUGUUACAUGAAUGUAUUGUUAUGUAUUUCGAUUACGUGGAUUUGUAUUUUUUUUUCUUGGUAUCUUCAGCAUCAUCAGCUGCUUUAACCUGCAUUUUUUGAGCUUGUAAAUCAGCUAUUGCCGCUUCCUGCUCAUCUCUUGCUUUCAGC